AUGUCGUAUUCCCUCAAGUCCAUUUCCGCUAGCCGUCGGCUCGUGAUACUUCUGAGGUUGUUUUGUACGGCUCUUUCAUUGCCUGCAUAUCAGAACUCAGGCGCCGAACCUCAACUUCUCGAUCGGGCCGCACUUCAAUGUCCGAACUUGGAGGGCGUACAGAAGCCUCCAUUCAAAGAGGGCUAUUGGGGCGUCUACAUGUGCUCGAAUACCGGAUUCUGCAGAGGCCCCCAGGGUGAUGGUUGCAGAUGGACCAAUUGGGCGACAAAAGGCAAGGACGAAUUCAUCAAGUUCGACUCGCCUUUUCUCUCCUUCGGACCCGAUGCGGGAGUCAGGUGCAAUCUGCUUGAGACGGCAGACGGGCUAGUCGGAGGCAAGCGUUUGAUCGGCGUGGCAUGGCCUGGUGCGACCGACAUCGACAAGUUCGUUUCCGAGUUGACAAAAGGCAAGGUCAAGGACCCUGUUGAGUGGAAGAGCUAUCAAUGUGUGUGUGAGGAUCCUACCAAACAACAGGAUGCGCCUAUAUUUCUCCCCUGA